AUGAGUAGCUCCUCAAUCAAAGUGAGGGUUCUACAAAUUGGUCGCGCUUCGCAAAAGAGCAUCUCCAAUCGUGAAGUUCCGCCAACAAACAAUCUCGGAGGCUUGCCAGUUAUUAAUGAGGCGCCUCCUGCGGCCCCACCCUCUAUGCUGGGAUCAUCUGGAUCUGUCAGAACUGUUGAAGAAGCACCCCUGCUGCAUGUCGGCACCCCAUAUCCCGCCCAUAUUCCCGCUUCUGGGACAAGCUUCUCCAUUGGCAGGACCAUUUUCCAUAACUUAGCGCCCGCCUUCCAUUCAGCGGCUCCCGACCAUGAAGUGGUAUCCUACAGCGAGAAUUGGAAUCCUCCGGUGCCAGACAGCUCACAUAGCGCCGUUGACUAUGGAGAUGUGGGACCUAUUGCCCUCUAUCCACACUUCAAUGUCGCUUCGCAUGAAACUCGCGAUAGAACCUCGGGAAAUGGUACAAAUUGGGACGGAGGUGCUGUGAGUUUGCUUAGAGAUCUGGCUUGGGAUAUGGGAUAUUGCCUCAUCCCUCGGGGAGCCUGCAUCUCCGAUGGUGGCAAUCUCGCAUCGGAGUUCCAUUUGGUGGUUUGAGC